ACCUCUCUCUUUUUCUCUCACACAGCACCGGACGAUAAAUAUCUCGCACCGCCGUUCGUCUUCCGACAGUACAUCGUUCACCUCCGCACCGGCCUUCACUUUUAAAAACGAACGGUUGUACAUACAUAUAUACAUUGACUGGCCGCAAAGCAGAUUUUUCCUGCGAGUCACUUGUCUUUCAUUAUCAAUACUGUAUGAUCAUCUGAACAGACUUGUUUUAUGAAAUAUGGCAUCAAAAUCUUACGCAAAUAUAUUGGAUCUGGAUCCUGAUAAGUUAUUGGAUAUCCCUCAAACUCCCAGAGCUCUUCCGCGAGUGCUAACGAUGCCAGGAAUUAUUGCUGGGGUAGAUGAAAACGAUGUGGAUUCAGAUAAAACUUCAUCUGGUUGCCGAGAGAGAAAAAUUAUUGUGGCGAAUAUGUUACCUUUACAUAUUCAGCGGGACCCAGAUACUCUAAAACUGACUUUUAGUUUUGAUGAGGAUUCCCUCUUAUGGCAAUUAAAAGAUGGGUUUUCUGCUGAAAGUGAGGUUGUUUAUAUAGGUUCACUUAAGGUUGAAGUAGAUGCUACUGAGCAAGAAGAAGUUGCUCAGAAACUUUUGGAAGAAUAUAAUUGUGUUCCCACCUUUCUUCCUCAAGACCUCCACAAAAAAUAUUAUGGUGGUUUCUGUAAGCAUCAACUGUGGCCACUUUUUCAUUACAUGCUUCCCAUGUGCCCGGAUCACACCGAUCGCUUUGAUCGUGUUCUUUGGAAAGCCUAUGUAUCCGCAAAUAAGAUAUUUGCAGAUAAAGUCAUGGAAGUUGCUAACCCAGAUGAUGAUUAUAUAUGGGUUCAUGAUUAUCAUCUUAUGAUCCUACCCACGUUCUUGAGAAACCGUUGUAAUCUAGUGAAACUUGGUUUUUUUCUCCAUAGCCCCUUUCCUUCAUCAGAAAUAUAUAGAACUUUACCUGUAAGAGAUGAAAUUCUGAAAGGGCUUCUCAACUGUGAUCUAAUCGGGUUUCAUACAUUUGAUUACGCACGUCACUUCUUGUCAUGUUGCAGCAGAAUGAUGGGAUUGGAUUAUGAAUCUAAAAGAGGACAUAUCGGGCUUGAUUACUUUGGUCGAACAGUUUAUAUCAAAAUUCUUCCUGUGGGUAUCCAUAUGGGUAGGCUAGAAUCUGUAUUGAAGCUUCCAAUUACACUGCGAAAAGUCAAAGAAAUAGCCAAGCGCUUUAAAGGGAAAAAAAUUAUAGUGGGUGUUGAUGACAUGGACAUUUUUAAAGGGCUCAGCCUCAAAUUGCUAGCCUUUGAGUAUCUUCUACAAACGUAUCCACUACUUCGUGGUAAAUUGGUUUUGAUCCAAAUCGUGAACCCUGCAAGGAGUACCGGAAAAGAUGUCCAGGAAGCAAAGAAGGAGACUUAUCUAAUUCUAAACCGGAUCAAUGAGGCGUAUGGGUCACCUGAUUAUCAGCCCGUGGUAAUAAUUGACCGGCCCGUUGCUCGUUAUGAGAAGUCAGCUUAUUAUUCGAUGGCUGACUGUUGCAUAGUCAAUGCUGUGAGGGAUGGGAUGAAUUUGGUACCAUAUAAAUAUAUUGUUUGCAGACAACACUCACCAUAUUUUGAUGAAAGGACCGGUGGCGAGGAGCCUCCUCACACAAGCAUGCUGGUUGUGUCUGAAUUUGUCGGGUGUUCUCCUUCUUUAAGUGGUGCUAUACGGGUUAACCCAUGGGAUAUAGAAUCAGUGGCUGUAGCUAUAAACUCUGCUAUAGUAAUGAAAGAACCUGAGAAGCAAUUGAGACACGCAAAGCACUAUCAGUAUGUAAGUUCUCAUACCGUGGCUUACUGGGCUCGUAGUUUUAUGCAAGAUUUGGAGAGAUCAUCAAAAGAUCAUUAUAAUAAGCGUUGUUGGGGUAUUGGUUUCGGUUUAGGUUUUAGAGUUGUUUCUCUAUCUCCUGGUUUCAGAAAACUGUCUCCUGACUAUAUAGUCUCGGCAUAUAAACGGUCAAAAAGAAGGGCCAUAUUUCUUGACUAUGAUGGGACACUCGUUCCACAUUCGAAUAUUGUGAAAACUCCCAGCCCCGAACUCAUCACUAUUUUGAAUACUUUAUCUGACGAUCCCAAGAAUACUGUGUUUAUUGUCAGCGGAAGAGGAAAAAGCACAUUGAGCGAGUGGCUUGCCCCAUGUGAGAGGCUAGGCCUGGCCGCCGAACAUGGAUAUUUCAUAAGAUGGAGUAAGGCUUUGGGAUGGCAACCUGGUCUGAUGGGUGUAGAUCAUAAGUGGAAAGAAAUUGCAGAACCUCUGAUGGAACUUUAUAGAGAGGCAACAGAUGGAUCGACGAUUGAGAACAAAGAUAGUGGUCUAGUGUGGCACCAUCAAGAUGCUGACCCUGACUUUGGCUCUUGUCAAGCUAAAGAGUUGGUGGUACAUUUAGAGAACGUGCUUGCCAAUGAGCCAGCACUGGUUAAACGAGGCCGACAUAUAGUUGAAGUUAAACCUCAGGGUGUUAGCAAAGGCUUAGUUACAGAGAAAAUUCUUUCUGUCAUGAUAGAAAAAGGAGAACGUCCAGAUUUUGUGACGUGCAUUGGGGAUGACCGAUCAGAUGAAGACAUGUUCGAAAGCCUUACGAAUAUGGUUUCAAAUACUCCAGAGAUAUUUGCUUGUACAGUUGGAAGGAAGCCAAGCAAAGCAAAGUAUUACCUUGACGAUACUGUAGAUGUCGUUAGAUUGCUCUCCGGGCUCGCCAAUGCUUCAGAUCCCAAACCUAGUAAUAAUUUACCUCGGUUCCAGGUUGCUUUCGAUGCGGUUUUUUGAGAUACAUCAAUAUGAAAAACGUGUACGGUUUUUUUUUUUUCUUUCGGAAAACGCUUUUAGGAUUUGUUCAACUAGAAGAAAGAAAAGUUGAUGUGAGUCAAGUUUCAUUCAAGUAAAGUUUUGGUGUUCCACAGGUA